AUGUCUAAGCUGCGGCGAGUUUCAGCAUCCGUCAUCGUUAACGUCCUCACCGCGCUCCUCAUCGCAUUCCUCGCCCUCACCCCACCAGUCAACGCCACCUCCACCGCCCGAGGCCUCAACCCCAUCCUCGAAAAGCGAUACCUCCAAACCUACCGCUCCAUCUUCUCCACCACCACCAACACCUCGAACCCUCCCAACCAUUCACCCAACUGUCCUCCCUGUCCCGAACCUUCAUGCUUCAACUGUCAGCUCCCCGCCUACGAAUGCUACCAAUUCGGCGAAUGCAACGAAUACGACGGUCUCUGUUCCUGUCCCGUCGGAUUCGGUGGACCUGACUGUCGCUCCCCGCUCUGCGGUUCCCCCGCUGACGGCACAAAACGAUUCCCUAAAGGCGAACCGGGCGAUAAAGACUCCUGCUCUUGCUCCGACGGUUGGUCCGGUCUCAACUGUAACCUUUGCAACACCGAUGCUGCAUGCUCCAAUUUUAUCCUGGGCGGAGAACGUCUCGGCGAGAAUGGAACAUGUUAUGAUGGUGGGGCAACUAUGCAGCAGAAUUUUCAGGAAUGCGAUGUGACGAAUCAGAAGAUUGUCGACAUGCUACCUGACAGACCACCGCAGGUUACGUUCAGCUGCGAUAAAGGGGAGGCGAGUUGUAACUUUCAGUUCUGGAUCGGAGCGAGAGAGUCGUUCUAUUGCGGAUUGGAGGAUUGUGAAGAGACGAUCGAGUUGGGGAAAACGAGCAACAGGACUUCCUACGAUUGUAAAAAGGUCAGUUGUAAGUGUAUUCCGGGGAGGAUGCUUUGUGGGGAGUCGGGGAGUAUCGAUAUUUCGGACUUUUUGACGGAAGAGAUUAAGGGGCCAGGCAAGAUGAGUUGUAAGACGGAGGCGAGUGGGGAUGGGGCAAGAAAGUGUCGGUUUGAAGAGCCGGGUAUGAACGGGCUGAUUUCGGAUGUGUUUGGUGAUGAAGCUAUUUUCAUCACGUGUAAGUCAGGGGAGUGUAUACAUUUCAGUCAGGUCCCAGGGUAUCAGACUCCAAUUGCGCCGGAGAAGCCGACUACGUGGGUGGUGAUCAGUGCCAUCGCUGCGAUCCUCGUAGUGGUAGUGUCGGUUAGCUUGCUUUGGUUGCUGGGUAGACACUACAAGGAGGAUGCGAUGGGGAAUGUGAGGUUACCGGAGGAAGAGGCGGAUCUGAUGAAGGACCAUAUUCCUGCUGCACUUCAUUGGGAGAAUGUUGGGUAUAGGAUUGGUAGUAAAGCGCUUUUGGAUGGAAUUACGGGGAGUGUUAAGCCAGGAGAGGUGGUGGCGAUUGUGGGUGCUAGCGGUGCGGGGAAGACUACCUUUUUGGAUAUUUUGGCUAGGAGGGAGAAGAGAGGUGUGACAUCGGGAACGGUGUUGGUGAAUGGAAGGAAGAUGUCGAAUCAGGAGUAUAAGCGCGUGGUUGGGUUUGUUGAUCAGGAGGAUUUGUUGAUGGAGACGCUGACGGUGUACGAGACGGUUCUUUAUUCCGCCUUGCUGCGGUUGCCGAGGGAUAUGUCGUUGGAGGCGAAGAAGUUUAGGACUCUCGAAACGAUGCAAGAGUUGGGGAUCUUGGGCAUUAGAGACAGCCGUAUUGGCGGAUCAGGUUUCACUGCUGGUGGUAGCAAAGAGGGAAGGGGGAUUAGUGGUGGUGAGAAGCGACGUGUUUCGAUCGCUUGCGAACUGGUCACAAGUCCUAGUAUUCUUUUCUGCGACGAGCCGACCUCGGGUUUGGAUGCGUAUAAUGCGUUCAAUGUCGUUCAGUCGUUGGUGACGCUGGCCAAGACGUAUAAGAGGACGGUCAUCUUUUCGAUCCAUCAGCCCAGGAGUAAUAUUGUCGCGCUGUUCGAUAAGUUGCUGUUGUUGGCGGAAGGGAGGGUGGUGUAUUCCGGACCGUUUGAUAGGUGUAGCGACUACUUUGAUCAGGUGGGACAUCCUUGUCCGCCUGGAUUCAAUAUUGCGGAUUUCUUGAUUGAUUUGACUGCGAGACGCAACUUUGGGCUGGGAGACGGCGAGCACGAAGGGGAUGACGUCGAGGGUGGCGAUUCGAGAGGAAGUGUGCAGCAUAGUAGGACGGAUACGAGUGUCGUCACUACGGGUACGAGCUCGAGGGAGGAAUCCACCGAGCUUCGUACACGACCCAACUCGAUCGCUGAGGACGGCUCUGAUGGUGUUGGAAGGCUACGCAAGAAGACCUCACGUCUGGCCGAUGGGUUGCGCAAUGCCUUCGCAAACGGGCAAUCGAACGGUAGCGACGUAUGGAUGCCAGCCUUGAGCAGCGGCAAGCUCGUCCACCUAGUCAACGCAUUCUCUGAAUCCGACAUUUCCACCACCACCAAAUCCGAACUCGACGCUUUCCUCGGCCGCACUCCCGAAGGAAUCCAAAACAAUCUUCCUGAUCUCGCCAACGAAUCCUCCCUCCUUCGCAGCUAUAAGAAAGCUCCCCUGUGGACUCAAUUCAAGAUCCUCUCCGGUCGAGCGUUUAAGAAUCUAUACAGGGAUCCGAUUUUGAUGUUUGCGCAUUUCGGAUUGGCGAUCGUACUAGCCUUGUUCUGCGGAGUACUUUACCACGGGGUUACGAACGAUAUUUCUGGAUUCCAGAACAGGUUGGGGUUGUUUUUCUUCAUUCUUUCCCUCUUCGGCUUUUCUUGCCUUACGAGUCUGGGAAUGUUCGCAAACGAAAGAGCCCUCUUCGUCAGGGAGAGAAGCAACGGAUACUAUUCACCUCUAACCUAUUUCACCUCGAAACUCUUAUUCGACAUCCUCCCACUCCGCGUGGUCCCACCAUUCCUGUUCGGUGGAUGCGUAUACUUCUUAGUCGGCCUAGUACCAGGUGUUGCGGAAUUUUGGAAAUUCAUCCUCACCCUCGUGCUUUUCUCCCUCUCCGCAUCCUCGGCGGUCUUUUUCAUUUCGAUCGCCAUUUCCGAUACUGGUCUCGCCAACCUGGUUGGUUCCCUCACCAUGCUUUUCUCUCUCCUCUUCGCGGGUCUACUCAUCAACAGGGACAGAAUCCCAGGAUAUCUCAAAUGGCUUCAACACCUCUCAUUCUUCCACGCCGCAUACGAAGCGUUGAUAGUAAACGAGCUAAGGAAUCUAAGCCUGAAGGAACACAAGUAUGGCAUCGAUAUCGAGGUGCCGGCCGCGAGUAUUAUUAGUAGUUUUGGGUUUAAUAGUCAGGCGUUUUGGUUUCCAGAUAUUGUAACGUUGGCGGUGCUGUUUGUUGCCUUUACGGCGGCUAGUUUGGGGUGGUUGGUGAUGUUUGUUAGGGAGCGAAAGUAA